CUCAGUGAGGACGCUUGCGAUGUGCGCCAGCGGAGAGGCUGGAUCAGAGUAUCCCGGUGAACUUUUGUGCAGACAGAGGGGCAGAAAGGACCGAGAAACGAGUUCACAGACAAAAACACUGAAGCAGCUGUGCAGGGAUCGUUUUUAUUCUAAAGAAAAGGUGCGUUUUCACAACAAAUCCGGUUUCACGCUCAGGACUGGAAAGCAGAAGGUUAACUUGGAUUUUUUCCCUGUUCGACCAACUGGAAACGCUGCCUGUCAGGCUUUACUUCACGGGAAGGACUGGUGUCUUUUUAUUAGGAAAUCAUGGUAACUAUUCUUUUUUUUUUUUAGCCUAUCUUUACCAUUUAUUUCGCUUUUUUGAUAAGCCAGUUAGUCAGACGCGCGGCUCUGAACGAGGGCGCACGGAGAUCGCUCAAGUGCCAAGAUUAUUUACUCUGAUCUAAUUUUGUAGAUUCGAUUCCAGCUCAUUGUAAUCGAUCCUAGAUUUGCAAAAUUCGAUGAUAAUGAGGUAUAAUUUCUCCAUCUUCAAGAUAAUUAUCACCGCGACAAAAAGGGAUCAAACUUUGUGCGCAAAAGAAGUUUGAGUUAUUUGGGUUCUAUUGUAAAUCUUAAAAAAGGUUAGCGCACAGCAAUCCGCCUCUGGACAUUGACUUUUGUUCCUGGGUAUACUUUAAUCCACAAAGUGUGGUGUCAUUUUAAUUGAAAAGCAUUGAUCCGCGUCCUGACGCACAACCCCGGAUUGUUUCGUUCUAAAAAAUGGACUUGGAAGACUUGGCGUGGAGGAUGCAAGGGAGCUAACGUUUGGAAACAACACAAAGAAAUACGAGAAAAACUGAGCUUCCUGGAAAGCUGACCCUAUGGCCUCAGUUCCGGAUAUCGGUUGCUCGCUGGAGCUGAGCGGUUGGAACAGCAGCGUGAGCAGCUCUGGAGCCUCCGUCCCCUGCAACCAGAGCAUCUUAAAGCUUGCCCCCUACUCCCCUGAAGCCACGGCGGUCUUUGCCACCGCUAUCACCCUGAUGGUCGUCUUCACCAUCGUGGGCAACAUCAUGGUCAUCAUCGCAGUCCUGACCAGCCGCUCCCUUCGAGGUCCGCAGAAUCUCUUCUUGGUGUCACUGGCUGCUGCGGACAUUUUAGUGGCCACACUCAUCAUCCCCUUCUCCCUGGCCAAUGAGCUGCUGGGUUACUGGUACUUUAAAUCACUGUGGUGUGAAAUCUACCUGGCGCUGGACGUGCUCUUCUGCACCUCCUCCAUCGUGCACCUGUGCGCCAUCUCCCUGGACCGCUACCUGUCAAUCUCCAGGGUCACCUAUGGGCGCCAACGGACACCCAAACGCAUCAAAGCCGCUAUUGUGGUGGUGUGGCUCAUUUCUGCCGUCAUCUCCUUCCCUCCCCUGCUCUCCCUGAACAAAAGUGAAGUAGGGGAGCUGGGCAGUGAAGGAGGACCUCAGUGCCAGCUGAAUGAUGAACGCUGGUACAUCCUCUACUCCACCAUCGGUUCCUUCUUUGCCCCCUGCCUCAUUAUGAUCCUGGUCUAUGUCCGAAUUUACCAAAUCGCCAAGCAGAGAACUCGUUGCCCCCCGGGAGAGCCGAGAAAGGACGGGGUCGGCUCUGCUACUCCAAGUCAGCCUGCUAAACAUGUACAAGCCAACGGGAAGGAUGAUGAAGAAAGCACACCCCCAUCAUCUAACAAAAACUCCAAUGACAGACCCCCUAGCCUUGCCAUCAAUGCCAAUACUCCCCCCCGAAGAGAACCAAACAACCAGAAUCCUACCACCAAUAAUCUCUUGCAGCCUCCAUCCCCUUCUCUACCUAUGACUCCUGUUAAAACCUCCCUGGACACCUCUCCUCAUGCCAACUCAACCCCCUCCUCUGUGCCUCAGCCUGCUCGUGCCAAGACUAAAAAAGAGGAGAAGAAGAAGAAGGUCAAGCAGGGAAGGAGAAAAGCUGACAAUAACAACUGCGACAGCUCGAGCACAGAAAGCGACAUGGAACACAGUCACGGAGGAGGCCGAGGCAGCACCAGCAUGCCGGGGUCACCCGCAGGAGGGGGCAUCCACUCCCCAGCAUCGGUCAAGCGCUACCGGGACAUGAUGGCCACUUCAAAGGGGGCACGGCUGGUGCCAGGGAGGAAGUCAAAAACAGAGGACACCCCUGGGGCGGCGAGGCGGAAAGCGAUGGUGAACAGAGAGAAGCGUUUCACCUUUGUGCUGGCAGUGGUCAUCGGGGUCUUUGUGGUGUGCUGGUUCCCCUUCUUCUUCUCUUACUCCCUGCAGGCGGUAUGCCCGAAGACCUGUGCCAUUCCUGAUCCGCUCUUUAAGUUUUUCUUCUGGAUCGGCUACUGCAACUCCUCGCUAAACCCAGUCAUAUACACGAUCUUCAACAAAGACUUCAGGAAGGCCUUCAAGAAGAUUCUCUGCAGAAGCACCAAGGGGACUUUCUUUUAGCAUACAAGUGCAUUGGACACUUAAAGUUAUUUAUGAGGCAUACAAAAAAAA